AUGACGGCGAAGAAGCCAGCAGCGCGGCGGUACGCGCUGCUGCUGGCGCUGUGGGACUCGGACUACGCCCGGAAAGCGUACGGCGGGUACCACAACGUCUUCGUGGCCGCGCUCGGCGGCGUCGGCGACGGCGCGGAGAGGGGAGAGUUCCCGGCGGCGGAGGACCUGGCGUCGUACGACGGGUUCGUGGUGAGCGGCAGCCCGCGGGACGCGCACGGCGACGAGCCCUGGGUCCGGCGCCUCUGCGCGCUGCUGCGGACGCUCCACGCCAUGCGGAAGCGCGUGCUCGGCGUCUGCUUCGGCCACCAGGUGCUGUGCCGCGCGCUGGGCGGGAGGGUCGGCAGGGCACGCAGUGGAUGGGACGUCGGCGUCAGGAAGGUCACCUUCGUGCACGGCCAGGACCUGGCCGGACUGCUGCCGUUACUCAACGUCGGCGACGACCUUCCCCGGAGCGCCUCCAUCAUCGAGGUCGUUCACCAGGACGAGGUGCGUGUUGAUAUUUUGUAUUGCGCGGUGUGGGAGAUCCCGCCGACGGCGACGGUGCUGGCCUACUCGGAGAAGACGCGCGUGGAGGCGUUCGCGGUCGGGGGAGCACGCGCUGGGCAUCCAGGGCCACCCGGAGUACACCGUCGACAUCCUCCACAACCUCAUCGACCGUCUUACCGACCAGAACGACAUCCAGAGGAGCGUCGGAGAGGAGGCGCGGCGGACGGCGGCGGAGACCGGCGGGCCGGACCGCGCGUUCUGGACCACGCUCUGCAAGGGCUUCCUCAGGGGAGAGGAAGCAGAACAAUACAUGACUGCGGCGGUAGCUGGCCCACCACUGCGACGGCGGCGGCGCCGGAGGUGGCUGGCCGCGCAGUCGCCGUGGCCACCAGCUGCUUCACCGGCACAGCUCCGACGGUCCAGCUGGCCUACCGCGCCAUUUCGGUACUGCGAGCAUGA